GUGCUCGCCCGGCGCGCCCCCGACGCCGCUUCUCCUCCCGCGCUCGCUUCGGGCUGCCGCGGCUGGCUCGCCUUCCUCCUCCUCCUCCUCGUCCGGGCGCUCCGAGGAGGCCCGCAGCCAGCCCCGUGGCCCCUCCGGCGGGCUGGCAGGAUGGCCGAGGGCGCGGCGCUGCUGCUGCUCUCCCUGCUGCCCUGGGCCGGGCUCGCGGCCCUGGCUGGCGCUCCUCCUCCUCCUCCUCGUUCUGCCUCUUCGCCGCCGCCUUCCUCGCCUUCUCCGCCCGGCGAGGGCGACCCCUUCGCCUCUCAGCUGGGCGACAUCUCCGCUUGCCAAGCGCGCUGCGCCCAGAGCCUCCUCCACCUGCAGCCUCCCGGCGCAGACCUCGCCAAGGAUGCUGUUCUCAACGCCUGUUAUCGGGGCUGCCGGCUGUUUUCCAUCUGUCACUUUGUGGACGCCGCGGCCGAUCUCAAUGCAACCAGAGCCGAGUGCGAAUCGGCCUGCCUGGAAGCCUACGCUGGUGGGGAUGAGCAAUUUGGUUGCACAACGGGAUGCAGGACGCAAUUACCAGAGAUGCAGAGCAGGGAAGAAAAGGCUCCAGAUGAGAAGCCCGCCUUGUUCUCCGUCUUUGACCUGGUCUCCAACUUUUGCAACGAUAUUGUCAGCUCCGCCCAGAGUUUCAUUUCCUCCACGUGGACCUUCUACCUUCAGGGGGAUGAUGGGAAAGUUGUGGUGUUUCAGUCUCAGCCGGAGAUCGAGUACCCCGUUCUGGAGGCCCAGGCACCCAAAUCUGAGAUUUCGGAGAAGGCAUGGAUGGCGUCUACCUCCAACACCUUGAAGCCCCACACGGGUGAAGGAGGCCUUCGGGAGAAACUGGAAAAGCCCCCUGUUGAGGAGCCGAAGGUCCCAUCCAAACCCUUGCCGCCAGUGCAGACCCAGACGCCGCCAGAACAUGACUUCCUUGGGUGCAUGUCCAAGCGUUCAGGGCUGCCCCGCUGGAUCCUAGCCGCAUGCCUCUUCCUCUCCAUCAUGGUGAUGCUCUGGCUGAGCUGCGCCAGUUUGGUGACCGCACCGGAUCAGCACGUCAAGACCCAGCCGCUGAGCAUCAAUGGGGACAAAGAAUAUCUCGAUGAUCUAGACGGUCCUGUCCCGUAUUCGCUGCGACCGCUCAUCGCUGUUGCCAUCUGCCCGGCGGAAGAGAACGAGGAAGCUGGUCUCCUGCCUGUCAAAGUGGAUUUAGACAAGACUGCUCUCUAAGAGCCCACCUUCCGCCCCCCAGCCACCCCCUUGACUCCCAGUUGACCUCUCCCUCUCCUGCCCCCCCAAGCUUCCUUUGAACCUCUCUCUGACGCUGCAGCGCCACCCCCUCGACCCCCAGUCCUUUGCUCUUUCAUCCAGGCGGGGCGUUUUGGAGUUUGGCACCUUCCCCGACUGGGUAGGCCAGAACCCCGUACUUUUCACCAGCAGCAUCCCCAUAGUGUUGGGAAAAGUGGGUCGGUGAGAGAUGCUUGCUUUACAGUGGCACAUUGUGGGAAUUGCAUUUUGGAAAGUAACGAACCUCGGGGAAACGCCGUUGCUCGGUGGCUGAGACAGGUUCAGUCCCCAGCGGCACCUCCACAUAGGCCCCCUCUGCCCUGAAACUGCCGAUCAGUGUAGACAGGUCAACAAUCUCUCUCAGUAUCAAUACAGUUUCCUAUGUUCCUUUUUAACAUCAGCCCUUUGUUCAAUACGGUGAGGACUAGGUGCUUGCUUUAUUUUUAAGGAAAGGGCCACAGGCUGAGGGGUAGAAUCAAUGCAUUGCACGCAGAAGGUCCUAAGUUCAUUUCCCGGUGUCUCCAAGUAGCGCUGGGAACUGAGAAACCUAGGGAGCUGCUGCCAGUCAGUGUAGACAGUACUGAGUUUGAUGGACCAGCUGUCUAGAGUUGGUAUAAAGCAGCCAUCUCUAGCAUAAGGUCCCAGAGGUGUGUUCGCUCGUUGUCAUGGAGGAAGGCUGUUCAUUCACACACACACCCAGCUAAUCUCCUGAGGAAAAGCUCAGCAGGAAAAUUAUGAGGCUUGCACCCAGAAAGUCUUAGGUUUGAUCUCCAGCAAAAAGGCCCUCUGGUUCUGGGGCAUGGAAAUUCCCCCCUUUCGGCGUUCGGGAGUUGUCAGGGCAACCUGACCCAAUGGGCCACUGGCCCUGUGGAAGGCUGCUUGAUAAGUGGAGAUGAGAGGAUUUCAUGGCAAUCCGCUUUAAGAGCAAGUCCUGGCCCUCUCAAUUUUGCCAGAUUCCAACUCCCAUCAUCGUCUCUGACCAUUGGCCAUGCUGGCUACCCCGGGGCUGAUGGGAGUUGUCGUUCAGCACCUUCUGGAGCCCAAAGGCUCCUUGCACCUGAUCUAGAGAUGGUGGUUGCAAACGUGAGAGAAAAUGGAUAAGACUCGCCCAUUCCUGACCUUAACUCGGCGUGAGCUGAAUUGAGACAUGAAACUAGCCCUCUGCGAUCAAAGCACAAUGCAGCAGGGCAUUAGAGAUGUGAAGGCCCAGGGGAAAAAAACUGGACAAAUUUGAGAGGAAAAGUGAUCCCACCCCCUGAAUUUUUCUGUUUCCCCCCCCCCCAUGCCUUCACAUCUCUGCAUCCCGCAGUAUCCCACGUUGUGCAUGUUUCAACAUAAUUGAACAGUGAGCAACGGUUACAGUUUAGGAGAGUCUAGAUUUCAGGGUUUUUUUUGUCACAACAUUGGGUUCUCAAGCAAGGAGACCUUUGCUUUAAAAUAAUCCCCCCCCCUGCUUGCUGCCCCAGUUGGCGUCAGCGCUACAAUCCACCCUUACAAAGAGUGUGUGUGAAUUUUAUUUUUAUUUAAGUAACCCUAGCCCGUUGACAGUUGCAGAACGGGUUGCAACCCCAAGAUGCGUUCGUGGCAAACGCCUGUCUUUCAACUCUCUUCCCGUUUUCCCUGGAUGCAAAUGCUUGGUAUCGCUUGAGCCUGUGUUGAUAUAGUUGUGUUGUUAUCCUUUUAAUUUUGUGCUGAUCUGCAUCCCUUUUCCAACUCGUGAUGUCGAAGAGACUCUCAGACCCGAACGGGACAAUGCACUGGCUUUGAUCGCUUGUACAUUUUGCCUAAUGCUCAUUUCUCUGUACAUAGAUUUAACUUAUUUCCUUGGGUUGUUUUUUCUCCCCUUUGAGUCUGUAACAGUUCCCCUAUUAGUUGAGGAGAGGUUUCUUUUUUUGAAAAAAAGGGGGGGGAGUCUAAUACAGGCUUGUAGAAAGAAAGCCAGGAGAAAAGUGUGUUGCCGUUUUACUUUUCGAUAACUUUGGAUGUUCUUCACUUUUUAAAUGCGUUCUAACAUACCUGGUGUGGGGAGAAUGCCCAGGCAGUGAUGGGAUUAUAAUUUCUUUGAGGUGCAGGGCGGUGUUUUGUCUUUCCAUCCAAGCUUCCGUGACAGAUCGCUUGUGUGUAAAGCUAAUCUGCGUUCAUGCAAUGUUCGUUCUCGAUGGAAUUAAGUCCGGCCACCCCCCUUAUUUUUGGAGGGCUACAGAAAACCAAGACCUCGUUCGAACUAAGGUGGGGCAAGUUGCAAGGCCCAUACCUGUCCGUCUAACUAUAUCUAUCUAUAUCUCUUAAUAAAUCUUUUUGUCUGUACUGGAAGUGUUAAGAGAGAUUGUUUUUUCUUAGUAGCUAUCUUUGUUUAAAAUUCAAAUCAGAUCGAAGCUGUGAAAGGGAAUGGGGUAGAUUCUUUUAACUCAAAGGUGGGAAUGUGGUUGAUUUUUGCUUCUUUUUUAGAGAAAGGCUGAAUAUUCUGUUUGGAGGGG